AGAUUCUUCAAUCUUGUUUCUGUAAAUUUCGGAUAUUUGAAAACAAGCAAAGAUGUGUAGUUUGGCUACAAAUCUUUUACUACCAUCAAAGAUGAAACCAGUUUUUCCAGAGAAACUGAGCACUAGCUCACUCUGUGUCACCACUAGAAGAUCCAAGAUGAAGAACAGAUCUAUUGUUCCUGUUGCAAGAUUGUUUGGACCGGCGAUUUUUGAAGCCUCCAAAUUGAAAGUAUUAUUCUUAGGAGUUGAUGAGAAGAAGCAUCCAGCAAAACUUCCAAGAACUUACACUCUAACUCACAGCGACAUAACCGCUAAAUUAACUUUAGCUAUAUCUCAAUCCAUCAAUAACUCUCAGUUGCAAGGAUGGGCUAAUAAAUUGUUCCGGGACGAAGUAGUGGCCGAGUGGAAGAAAGUGAAAGGUAAAAUGUCGCUUCAUGUUCAUUGUCACAUUAGCGGAGGCCACUUCCUCUUGAAUCUCAUUGCGAAGCUUCGGUACUACAUCUUUUGCAAAGAAUUACCGGUGGUGCUGAAAGCUUUUGUCCAUGGAGAUGAGUACUUGUUGAAUAAUUACCCUGAGCUACAAGAAUCUCUUGUUUGGGUUUAUUUCCAUUCCAACAUACCGGAGUACAACCAGGUCGAAUGUUGGGGCCCGCUUUGGGAGGCCACGUCGCACGACGGAAAUAGGACCCGCAAAAAGAGUGAAACUCUACCGGAGCUACCUUGUCCUGAUGAGUGCAAAUGUUGCUUUCCGCUGGUUGCGAGACUAUUCGGACAGGCCAUUUUCAAAGCUUCUAAACUGAAUGUCAUGUUUGUAGGAGUUGAUGAGAAGAAGCAUCCAUCAAAUCUUCCAAGAACUUACACUCUAACUCAUAGUGACAUAACCGCAAACUUAACUUUAGCUAUUUCUCACUCUAUCAACAACUCUCAGCUGCAAGGAUGGGCAAACAGGUUGUACCGGGAUGAAGUAGUUGCCGAAUGGAGGAAGGUGAAAAGUAAAAUGUCGCUUCACGUUCAUUGUCACAUUAGUGGCGAUCAUUUUCUUUUGGAUCUCAUUGCGGAACUUCGUUACUUCAUAUUUUGCAAGGAAUUACCAUUGGUGUUAAAAGCUUUUGUGUGUGGAGAUGAGAACAUGUUAAACAAUUACCCUGAGCUACAAGACGGUUAUGUUUGGGUGUAUUUUCAUUCCAACAUCCCCAAGUUCAACAAGGUGGAAUGUUGGGGUCCGCUAUGCGAGGCCACCUCGCAUGAUGGUUGUAAGAGUCAGCCGUGCGAAGCCUUACCGGAACCGCCUUGCUUUGAUAAGUGCAGCUGUUGUUUCCCGACGGUCAGCACGAUCCCCUGGUCUCAUUCUCAUGACAGCUAUGGUGAAGAGGAUGAUAGUGUAGCUAUAGCCGGAGGGAAUCUUGUGACUGAGUACAUGUAUAAUCGAAUCAUGGGUCUUCCAGAAGAUUUCAUCAAGGAGCUUCAGAUUCCAGGGUACGUAGUUAAGAUACUUUACGUCAUCGGUUUCUUUAGAGAUAUCGUCGACACUCUUUGUCCUUACAUUGGUCUACCUAGUUUUCUUGACCACCACGAGACCUCUCGACCCGACCCGGCCCGACACGGUCUCUCCACGUCAGCGAGUCUUGCCAACGAGUUAAUCCCGGUGAUUCGGUUCUCGGAUCUCUUGACCGAUCCGGAAGAUUGCUGCACGAUUUGUUUAUCCGAUUUUGACUCCAACGAUAUGAUGAGACAGCUACCCAAGUGUGGACACGUGUUUCACAAUCGUUGUUUAGACCGUUGGAUCGUUGACUUCAACAAGAUGAAGUGUCCGAUUUGUCGGAACCGGUUCUUACCGGAAGAAAAGUACACGCAGUGUGAUUGGGGUUCUGGUUCAGAUUGGUUUAAUGGUGAAGUGGAAAGUUCCAACUAAUUGGUGCUUUUAAUUUUUUUUGUCGGCAGGUUGUUUGUUGUAUAAUUUCCAGUAGAACUCUUAUGUAUACUAAUCGGGAAAAUAUGUACAUGGAAAAUAUGGAUCAAAGCGGGAUAUUCGACCUUUUUACUGUUGUUAUUUGUGUUUUGCUCUAAUAAAAACAUUUACCGUAU